AUGCCGGCUCAUUCGAAACACCAUGACCAGUAUGAUUGCAAUCCUGAGGGCAAAGGGGAUGCAGAAUCACACAGAUACCCGUCAAAGCCAGAAAUUACAGCAAUGGCAAAGAGAAUAGUACUGUACUACCCCAUGCUGCAGGACCAAGGCCUACAUACAUGGGUCACUGUGUACACACAGCUGUACAAAAGAUUGCAAAAUGUGAGAUCCCCCCAAAAAAGAACUCCAGAUGGGAGACAUUCAAAGAGCUCUACAAAGAGGCGCUGUCUUGAGCAGGCAACAGACACGGAUGAAAUAGAUUCAAGUGACUCAACAGUCAUUCUAGAUCGGUCCACAGAAGGAAGUGGCAGCCCAAGCUCAGACAGAAAAGAAAGUGAGUUAGAAGGGAAAAGAAGAUCCCAAAGCCUACCUGAAGAAGCAUCCUCUGCCCUGUCCAGUCCUGAUGCUAACAAUUCUGCAGGUGUUGACAGUCCAGACACCAGUCCAGCAACCUUGGCCAAGCACUACAAGACCCUACAAACUUUGUAUAAAAGAAAAAAUCCAAACCACCAGGAUGUCUCUCAUCUCUUGGAUUUGGAAUUUGUAGCCAGAAGAGCAUUCAUUGAUUCAAAUACAGUUCGCGAGGAGGACAGGCAGGAGAAGGUUCUAGAAGCAUAUCCUUGUUUCAAGGACGUUGGACAUGUGAUGGAGGAGCUUCAACGCAUUUUGGAUAAGGAUAAUACCAACUUCAUCGAUGAACUGAAGGGAAGAUGGCAUGACUUCUGCCAGAAUGUGCAGUUUUUUGGUGUAUGGAAAAAGGCGCUGAAACCCCCAAUGGGAAUGGACAAAGCUGAUCAGGCUCUUGAGAUCCUACGUGUGCUGCCAUCACUGUUCCCCUCCACGUCUGCUCCUCCAAAGAGGGUACGAGAUGCGAGUGAGGCUCUGGUGCAUGUCCUCGAGGGAACAGAAGACCCUAAUUCUUACUUAAAGAAACGCCCUCUCUCCUGCCCAGUCCUGAUUGUCGGUCCGUCCAACUGCCUCCUAGCGGUAGGAGAUGUGGCAAUAACCACCUUUCCAAAAGAGAAGCUUACCGAGAGUGCUUUAUACCUUAUGGCCUACUAUUAUACCCUACACCUGACUUAUCCAAAGUGUGUAGCCACUCUGCUUUCAGUCAUACAGACAGAGGUCCUCUUAGACAAAAUCCAUGAGAGAGAUCUCACAUCGUCUUACAAGAAGAGCAUGGCUGAGUGGAAAGCUUUUAUUGGCCAAUAA